AUGACACACGACCCGGGUUACACACCACAGCUGGCGGUGGCGUGGAUGGUCGAUCGGAGCACGGUCUCGUGGGCGCUCUUCCGGCAGACGUCGCAGUCGUCGGCGGCCAUGCUGUCGGACGUGCCGCACUCGCUGGUCUCGCUGCGGCAGCCGCACGCCGUGGCGGUCAAUCUGGGCGACUACGAGGGCUCGGGCCUGGCCGAGCUGGCGCUGGGCAUCGUCGACGACAACGAGGUCACGCUCUACCUCUACGCCAUCGACCAGCUCACGGUGGCCUUGAACAUGACGCUCCAGAAGACGCUGCUCAUCGCCGAGGCGCCCUGGUGGGACACUGCCCAAUACAACUUGCGGAUGGUGUCGGGCGACAUGAACAACGACGGCGACGAUGAGAUCGUGGUGGCGUUCACCAGCGCGACGGCGGGCAGCGGCAGCCAAGCCGAGGUGUUCCGCGUGGACAGCGCGACGUGCUUCCGGCUGGAGUGUCUCGACCUGGUGGGCAACUUUGCCUUCACGCUGCCCAGCGGACCCACGGUCCCGGAUGAUUCCACCCUGGCGAUGACCACCACGAGGAGUCCCGAGAUCAAGCUGGCUAUUGGCAACGUGGACGAGAGCUACGCCAACGAGCUGCUGGUGGCGUUUGAGUACUCGUCCACGAUGACCUCGGAGGUGCACAAGGUUAUGCUGACCAGCCUCACGGCGCAGCCCGACCCCGAUCGGCCCUUCCUUCUCAACGGGCGGCAGUGCUACGCGGGGCCGGCCUACCAGCGGGGCGAGGAUGUGGAGGCCGGCACGGUCAACAACAUGGCGCUGAGCGUGGGCAACCUGUAUGGCCUGGGCUACCGCGUGGGCCAGUCGAUCAAGGUGCGCUUCGAGAGCGUGCCGGAGCUCAUCGCCGUCAUCAACGCGCCGCCCACGCACUUUGACAUCGUCGACGGCAAGGAGGUGGUGGUCAACCCGAUGACCUUCAACGGCUUCGGCUCCUUCACGCGGCUCUCCAACGCCGAGGGCGUCACGUCGUCGUUCGAGAUCUCGCGCGACCUCGUCCACGUCAACGGCCAAACCGCUGGAGUGAGCGUGCGGGCCAAGGUGGUGGCUGUGGCGGCCAACGUGGCCGAGCAAGCUCAGGGGAUGAAGAAGCGGGCGGAGGCAGCUGGGCCGAUCUCGGUGUCGCGCGACCUGGUGGCGUCGGGCGACGACGUGGUGCUGUACAUGUCUACGACGCGCGACCUGUGGAAGUUCCCCAUCGUGGACCAGAACGGCGCGCAGGUCGGGUCGCUGGACAUCUGGGCGUCGUCGAGCUGCGGCGAGGACUGCGUGCAGAAGGGCGACGGGCGCGACCUGUGGUGGUUCACGCCCGACCACGAGCCCUUCAACGUGCUCACCUACUCGUCGCGCGCGCCCGAAGACUUCAACCCGGCCAACCGCAUCAUGGUGGGCGAGAAGGUCACCCUCGGCCCCAACGAGCACCAGAGCACGGGCAAAUCAGAAAGAAAGGUCGGGGGCGAACACAACUCGACCACGCACGACGAGAGCUUUUCGUUGGGCGUGAAUGUCGACCUGCACACCAAGGUAGUGUGCUGUCAUCAAAUCCACAUCACAUCGCAGUUCAUGGCGUCGUUCAUGGGCGUGGGCAUGAUCUUCUCGACGCCCGACCUCAUCAACAUCCACGCUCAAGGCCAUGGCUCGAAGGACAGGAGCGACGACGACGAGGCAUCGCAAACGCGAACGGCCGAGAUCGAGCGCGACGUGUCGGUGGUGUGCCACGUGGAGCCCAUCAACCCGGAGUUCGCGUACCGCGUGCAGCCCUUCGUGUGGAUGGCGCGCGCACCGGACGGGCACGGGUACCUCAAGGUGGCCUACACGGCCGAGCCGGGCUACUACCCGGGCGUGUCGACGUGGUGGGAGCGCACCUACAGCAAGCCCGACCCGGCGUUCAACCUGCCCUGGUGGUGGACCACGUUCAAGCGCGACCGCACGAUGCUGACCAAGGAGAUGGUGGCAACGCCGGCGGUGCCGCGCGAGGAGGGCGAGGUGGUCGAGGUGGCGGUGACGGUGCGCAACAAGGCGCUCGUGGACGCGCGCAACGUGAAAGUGGCGCUGUGGCGCGGGAGUCCCGACAACUGCCUCGACGAGGCGUGCCUGCUCGACGACAACGCCCUC